AGCGCUUUGGGUCUGACCAACAAUGGCGGAAAAUCUGAAAUAGAGUCUGUGUACCACCUUAACCUUUUACUAGCACAUACCCCGACUCCAUUCACCAUGUCAGGAAAAUCAUCUAAACUUGCUGAAGUCACAUCUGCCAGGAUCCGGUUUGGUGUUACACUUCAAAGUUUAGUCGACAAGAAAGGUGAAGGAAAUCUGUCGAGUGAUGAAGAGGAUGGGAGUACACCAGCAGAAAUGUUGCAGAGUGAACCUGCCAUCAUUCUGUCACCAACUAAACGUAGCACUGUCAGAAUCAGCCGGAAAAGAAAGAGGAAAGACGAUGAAGCAAUGGACGGUAGCCAGUAUCAUCAUACAUAUGUGAUGAAGCUGUUUGACCGCAGUGUAGACCUGGCUCAGUUUGAUGAGGAAGCUGCACUUUACCCUGUAUGUAGGGCCUGGCUCAAAAACCAGCCUCAUAACAGAUCUUUGGGGACAAGGGAUAGAACUCCAACCCCUGAGCCAGAACCACCGACCAACAGUGAGGAGGAGGAGGAGGAGGAUAUAUUUCCCGAUGUGUACAAACUACCAGACCCUAUCAAAGCCGACCCUGAUGUCAUACAGGAUUACCGUAUUCCCAUGCCUGUCCCCCAGCCGGACGAGGAACUCGACAUUGAUGCUGACCAAGACACGGCCCCACCACCUGAACACCUGUUACUGAGCCACAUGGAGCGAUGGAAAAUGGUGCGACAGUCAUGGCGCGAUGCUGGAUUUAUGAAUGAGCUGAGAUUCUCCGACAGUAUGAAUGUUCUGCGUGAAAUGUUUGAGCAGCAAAUGAAGGAAUCUCCCUGACAACUGGAAUAGACUCUUUGUUUUAAUGAAUAUUGUAUGCUAGGAUUCAAAAUGAAAGAAGGACAUUUCUGUUAUAAAGAUGUCUUUGCCCCAAUGUUACUGAACUUUGACCCCCCCCCC